GUGUGAUUUAGCAGUGAGACAUGCAGGGCAGUGUGCCCUAAAUGCACUGCUAAAAAACACGCCCGAAUUAAUGACUUUGAGAAUAGCCGGCUUGAACGUCAUCUAAACCUUUGGCCCGAGAAGGAAGCCACUGCCAGGAAAAUGUUGCUCAAUGUUAAUGUUUGACUAGAAGGAAGAAGUGCCUUAGUUUCCAUAUCGCUCGGUCAGACUGAGGAACCAGUCUGUCUGUCUUCCUUCCACUCUUUAAGUUUCCUCGCUGGUCUGUAAAGUAAGAAAGAGGUCAAGUCCAAAGGAGCGAUACAAUGGAGGUGCUGGUGCUGAUGGACUUUGAGGGCACGGCGGGGGACGAGCUCACCGUGAAGACGGGAGAUGUGCUCAAAAAUGUCACCAAGGCCAAUGAGGAGGGAUGGCUGCACGGCGAGCUGAGAGGAAAAUGGGGCAUCUUCCCUGUGAACUUUGUUAAGGAGAUUCCUGUAUAUUUGAUUGGUGACAGCAAAAGGGAGCCGCGAAGCAUCAGAAAACCCAAAAAGGUUAAGCAAGUGAGGAAAUGUGAGGUCAUCUUUCCUUACUGUCCACAGAAUGACGACGAGCUGGAACUGGUUGUCGGUGAGACCAUUGAGAUUAUCAGAGAGAUUGAAGACGGAUGGUGGAUGGGUGUGAGAAAUGCCAAAGUAGGAGCAUUUCCAUCAAAUUUUGUUACAGAAAUUAUCUUUCCUCCCAAAGAUCUAAAGCAAAUUGAAGGCAAGUCAAGACCAAAACUGUCUGAUGCCAUGUUCACGAAGGAGAUUUCACGAAAGCCAAGCGUGAGGAGCCAUGCAAAAACUAAUGUGGAGUAUUGUCAAGUCAUGUUUGAUUAUAAGGCCCAAUCGGAGGAUGAGUUGGACUUGAAAAAAGGAGACGUUGUUGUUUUGCUCAGAAAGGAAACAGAAGAUGAAGGCUGGUGGGAGGGGGAACUAAACGGACGCUGUGGCUUCUUUCCUGACAACUUUGUCAUGUUGAUACCACCAGUGUCCAACCUGCAAUCUGGGAUUUCAAGCCAACCUCCUGCACGCAACAUCACACAGGAACACAAAGCAGAAACCCCAGUCAUGGAGAAAGGUGGUCCAGGAAAAAUGAAAGACGAGCCAAAGGACAUAAGAAGUAUUCCUCCAACCAAAGUUAAGCUUCCAUACUUUAACAAACCAGCUCCACCUCCAGUCAAAGACAAACCAAACAAGAUUUUACCAAAAACCAAUGGCGACGCGCCUCCUGUUUUGCCUAAGCAGCCAGAGGAGAAGGAGCCCGAUCAGUUUGAUGGGAUGAAUGUUACAACUGAAAAGCUGAGUCACCCCACAGCGAACAGAGCCAAACCUCCACAGAGGAGACCACCAUCAGGCCUGACUGCAGCUGCACAAUGUGUGACAAACCAGGACGAACAGGAUUCUUCAGAAAAAAAGACUGAGACAGACAAGCUUCCUGCACUGAUAAAGGCUGUUGAAAACACCUUGCCCACACCUUUGAAGCGUGACGUUCCUCAAAAGUCGCAGCCUCCAGUCCGACCUGUACCACUUAAGCUAAUCGUGAACAGCAAACCUGAGAAACACCAUCAAGAACCAACUAUGGAAAGCCUGCAGGCAGAAAUCAAAGAGUUAAAGAUGUCACUGGAUCUUCUUCAGACACGUCAUGAUCGAGACAUACAGGAAGUGAAAGAAGAACUGGGGGAAGAAAGAAGCAAACGACUGGCUCUGCAGGAGGAAUUGGAGAGGUUGAAGAUCAAGUUUUAAUCUGAUCGUCGUCUGUCGCUCUGACAUUCAGGCUCUGGUACUGUGAAUUUGAACAUCCCUGCUACUGAAAAGGUGGAGAAAACUCUCCAGCUACAGACAUACAACUGAGCUUCAUUUUAGAAAAAGAACUGGACUAUUCACCAAUCUGUUGAGAUUGAUAUGUUGUGACUAGAUUGACUAUACAACAGGUCUCAUGUUUAAUCACCAAGUCCUUUUGAAUGUUGGCAGUCACAUGUUAUGUUUUCUUCGGUUUCUUCUGUCAUUUUUGUCUUGUUUUUAUGAAAAUGUUUUAUUGUAUUCCAGUUUUAAUGCAACUUAAAAUAUAUAGAACUGUUUUUACUUAAAACAUCCAAACAUUUUCUUUUACAGAGAAGGAAAAUGUGAAGAUAACUUUAAGUGAAUGUUAAAUAAAUAUUUGUUAAAAUA